AUGGCCGUCGCACAGCCAACAAAGACCAAGUCGGCCUCCAAGGCUACCAACAAUGCCACCUCGAAACAAAAGGCACAGAUGCAUCGUCGCUCCAGAACAGGCUGCUACACUUGCAGACUGCGACGGAAGAAAUGCGACGAAGGCACCCCCAUGUGCUCGGCGUGCAAGCAUCUCGGUCUCGUCUGCGAAUACAAGCGACCCAUGUGGUGGAGCAACAACGAUGCACGAAGAAAACACAAGGACGACAUCAAGAUGAUCAUCAAGAGGAAGAAGCUGUCCGAGAAGGCCUCGCACUCUCAUUCUCACACAAUCCAGACCUCGAUGCCUUCACCACCCGGCCUGUCACAUUCACUCCCCACAUCGGCCACCUUCUCCGAUCCCCUUGAUCGUACAAGGUCUCAGUCGAUUGAUUCUCAGUUCGCCUUCGACUUCAACAGCCCACCACAAGUCACCGAGCCAUUUGCAUACAACACGCAGAUGCACCCGGAUUUUGUGUUCAGUGGCAUGUCUCCCUACGCGCCUUACGAGGUCGACGUCAAGACAGAGCGGCAAAUGUUUGUCAACGACGUUCCCACCCUGAGGGAAACCUCGACAUCGACGUUCAGCACCUACACCACUCCCCCACCGCCCGGUACCAUGCUCCCUUCAUCAUUUCCCAUCGACGGGGAGUGGACCGAGCAGGUCAACUUUGAACGAAGGGAGUCGUUGGCUGAGGAGACUCUGAAUUGCAACUUCUUCGAUUUCGCCCACGGCCCUGCAAUGGACACAAGACAAGUUGCCAUCGAGCUUGAUGAAAGCGACCAGAGACUCCUCGAUCACUUCAUCCAGUUUGUGCUGCCUACCUUGUUUCCUGUCCUGGAGUCAAAUCAGCAUGGGUCCGUUGGCUCGGAUCUCAUCUUGCCCGCUCUGCAGAGCAACAAGGGCUACCUGCACUGCUGCUUAAGCAUCGCAGCGCAGCACUACAAAGCCAUGAUGACCCAAAACGGCGAUGUCGACACCGAUAUGCUGCAGCAGAUUGACAGCGAUAUCAUGCGCCACAGGUACUCGACCAUUUCCUCCCUUUGCGACGCCCUCAACAAGGAUGAGGACCACCAGGAAAUCCUUGACGCCGCUUUGGGCCUCAUCUUUUUCCAAUGCUGUGUCGGCCGUUUUGACGACGCGCUCCCCGACAUUGCCUGGCACCAGCACUUCCAAGCUGCCAUCUCGCUUGUGCAGAAACUCGACCUACCCCACAUGGUCUCCGACGAGCACCACCCCCUCUCCCAGACACCCUUCAGCAUGACACUCACCGCGUGGAUUGACGUGCUUGGCGCGACCAUGAUGGGCCGUGCGCCCACCUUUGCCCACACUUACCGCGAGAAGCACUUGUCCCAGGUAAACCACUCACUCGGUCUCCGCGAGCUCAUGGGCUGCGAGGAUCGCGUCAUGUACCUCAUCAGUGAGAUUGCCUGCCUUGAAGCGCUCAAGCGCGAUGGCAUGGACGAUAUUACGCUGUGCCAACACGUCCAUGUCCUUGGUGACCAGAUCGGUUUCACGGAGAUGGGCGAGACUGGUCCCAAGAUGCCCUUCAACGCCAACGGCACGCUGAGCCCUAAGCAGCUGUCCAAGAACAUGACACAGGCUUUCCGCCUCACAGCGCGCAUCUACCUGUGCAGUCUUGUGCCUGGAUUCAACCCAUCCCAGCCUAGCUGCAUCGACCUCGUUGAGCGUCUGACGAACGUCCUGCAGCACAUCCCGUCCGGGCCAGGUGGCUUUGACCGUUCCCUGGUUUGGGUCUACCUGCUCGGCGGAUCUAUGAGUGGCGUAGGAUCGACGUUCCGAACGUUCUUCGAAGACCGUGUCGCCCAGCUUGGCGACCAGGCUGACUACGGCUCAUUUGGCCGCGUGGCUUCCUUGCUCCGCGAGGUGUGGGCCCGUAACGCUGGUCUUGCUUGCUCGCCGAGCACCGCGACAAGCGCAGCGGCUGGCAUCAAGCCUGAGGAACCGCAGCAGCAGGGACAGCAGGCGUUUGUCCACUGGAGGGACGUGAUGCAGAUGAAGGGCUGGGAUUUCCUGCUCAUCUAG